CUGGGUGGGGCAGGGCUCGUCCACAAUUAAUAAAAGUGAGCUUGGAAACCUAUGUAAUAAAGUUGCUAGCUAUUGUGCAAUUGUAUAGACACAUAGAAUAGUUUGUUCACUCCCUAGUGUUCUGAAGGACUCUACUGCAACUGAACUACCUCUGUUUCUGCUCAGAAGCAAUCAUGGCUACCGAUACUAAAAAAGCCACAUCUCUGUUGCUGACUAUUCCACUUCUGAUCCUAACGCUGGGCCUGUUCCUGGCCAUGUUGGGAACAGGUGCGUGGGGCAUAGUGGAGGCUAUUAACCAAGACCCUUGUGGUAACCGCAACCUGACAGGUUUGUUGGGCUGUGAAGUCCAGAUAUCCCUCACAUCACAGAGUGGAGACCAACUAACUGACCAACCCUUCGCCUGGUAUAACUGGAUGGUGGUGUCUACUGUUGUUGGUCUCUUGUGGGCCGUGGUGACCACUCUAGCUGGACAAGCUCUCCUCUGGACUGUGGAAGAAUUUAAUAAAGACAACAAGAAAACUGGUGGACAUGAUCUUGAGAUGCAAGAAUUACAUGGCAGCAGAACUGAUGGUUCUGUAGAGGAUGUAGACAGUGGAGUCGUGGCUCAGAAAACCAUCACGAUCAUAGGCUCUGGUGCAGGGGGAGGUACCAAGAUAGAGCUGGAGCCCUCACCACUGCGGAAACUCACAUUGGGUGGAACUUUUGGUCUUUUUUUCUGUCUCUUCUUUCUGGUGUUGGGAAUUAUGUCACUGUUGUGGGGGAUUGCUACAGCGUAUGGGAACACCAGGACUGACAACGUCGUCUUGGCAACGUAUGUAACAGUGGAAAUACUCACUGCCAUUCUACUUCCGAUAUUUUUCUUCAUAUCUGGAAUCCUAUUGGCCGGAAUACUCGACUUCAUCACGUGGGGCAGGCUCGAUUUGCGUACUCUUAUUCCAAAGUUUCUGAGAGUUGUAAAGUUUGAAUCUGGAUUAAAUGAGAACAACGAUCCCUUUGAUUAUUGGGUCAUUGAAGAUACCUUCCAUUUCCAAGUGGACCAACGGGAUCACAGUAAUACGGCUGAUUUCCGUAACUCGUUUGACAAGUUUGGAGCGACAUGGGCUCUCAAUAUCAUUGUGUGUCUGGGCAUUCAUUUGCCAGUGGCUUAUUUCGUGGACUACACACUGGACACUCAGGACACUCUCCUAGCUCCUGAUGGUUGCGACACUAUCGACUCUACCUAUCGAUGCUUUGAGGCUAUUUCUCUGGAGCCCGCUGGCUGCAUGGACACAAACGGAACUGUACAUUGCUUCAAGUUUCUACGAUUUGGUGUAGAUGUUGACAUCAUAUCUGCAGCCUCCACAGCCUUUGCUUUCUUCCUCAUAGCAUCGACUGCGUUCACCUCUCUCUUCACCAUCAUGAAGAUAUUGCUUCACCUCAAACCAACCCGCUGGUGGGGCCUGACUUACAUUAUUGUUGGUGGACUUGGUUUCCUUGGAGCUAUAGGUUUGGUGAUAUGGUGGGCCACUGGUUACGUGGCCCCUCUCAUCAACGAGAUUAUACAUUUCAAUAUCAUUAAUGUGGCGCAGUUUUUCAUGGUGUGUGAGUACUUGUUCAUUGUCGGUCUGUUGCUAGUGGCGGCUAAAUGGUGGGAGAAUGUGCCCGUAGCUGAAUACAAGCCCAAGCAACGGAGGGAGUUGGUUGAAUAUGUCACUGCUAAUCGUGGCGAGGUGGACAAGGCAGCUAGCGAUCACGCCAAGGAGACCAUCGCUAAGGAUAAAGCAGCGGAGGCCACUGGAGACAAACAUGGCAAGGAGGGUGCAGGAGAUAAAUCCCUGACACAUAACGCUUAAUUAGAACAUUAGAACAUUGGAACAUUGGAACAUUCGGAAAACUGUAAUCUUUUACGAGUAUUGCAUAUAUACAAUAGCUAAUUUUUGCUGUUAA